ACCAGAAAUUAGACGCUAACUAACAACAACAACAAUUGAUAAGUACCUUACCUACUUGAAAAUAAAAUUCGAUUGAUUUUUUUCAACAUUUGAAGUACUGUUCGCUUGUAUCUAAUGAAUUAUUCCUCUUUAGUAAUAAUUAAGUAUUCAUCUUGUAUUUCUGAGCAGAAUUACCCGAAAAUAUGAAAACUCCACCACCGAAAACUCGUAUAAACUAUACGAGCGAAGAAAAAGCAAUCCUUAAACACUUGAUCGUCAAACAGAAAGUAGUCUUGUCUAAAAAAACCGACUGCACCUCCAGACACGCGAAGAAAAAAGCAUGGGAAACAAUCGCAGCUGAAUUCUCAUCGACGAAAGGUUGCUCGAAGAGAACGCCGGCUCAGUUGGUAAAGCUGUGGGAUAAUAUGAAAUUCGUGUCGAGAAAAAAUUCCAAGAUCAAGAACGCAGAGCUCGGUGGCACCGACAACAACGACAACGUGAAAGAAAUCCUCGAGCAGAACGUAGAUACCGGUACGAUUUCGAAUAAUGUUUCGGAUACCGUUGAUAUCGACUCGAAAAAUACGUACGAUUGCGGUACGCUUUAUUUUCUGGGACGUUUGAAUACCGAAGGAGCUCACUUUAUGACUGAAUCGUGUUCCAAUGAGAAUUCAAACGAAGCUAACGAAUCAGACCAUGGUGAGGAUGAAGUUGAUACUGUGAUUGUAGGCGAUUCGUACGAUAUUUUUGCUUCCGAAUUGAACGGGGACGAAAAAAACGAAGAUAUUGAAAAUAUAAGACUAAUCGAAGAAUUGAAAAAUGUACGGACUGAUGCUGCCAAUAGAGGAAAACGAAUUGAGGAUUCGGAAGCAAGGAGUGAGAAACGGAAAGAAAAAAACACAAAUAUCACGUACGCCGAUUUACUUCAGUAUAAGAAACAAACGAUGGAAAAAUCAUCUGAAAUUAGAAAAGCUUUGUAUAAUGCUAAACUUGAUGCGUUGAAAGCUAAAGAAAAUGCACAUAAGAUGAAAGCUGCGUAUUACGAAUAUAAAAUGAAGAAACUUCGUAAUUUCUCGAUCAUGAUGCAUCAUUAUUUAUCGCUUUGAAUACGUUCCUUUUUGCUGCCGAUUCUUUCAACGAAGUCGCUGUCCAUCAACCCAAAUGAAAAUACUGGAUAUUGGUUCCGAUUACAUACGUCAUGUCGAUGAAGUGUGAUUUUCCUAAGUCAUUACCAAUGAGGAUCGGUACUGUUCUUUGGGACAAUUGAUGGUGAUAGUUACUAAGGCUAAGAAUGCCUGAUCAAUUGUAUUUCAUUUUUUGUUCAAUUUAGACAUAAGUUGUUUUUUGUAUUAGUGAAUGAUGCUCAUUGAUAAUUAUAUUGAUUGAUUGUAAAAACUAGUUA